AUGGAUAAAAUCGAAUAUCUUGCGGUGAUUAAGUUUCUGACAAAAGAAGGUGUGGCACCAAAAGAUAUCGAUGAUCGCUUGCGUGCAGUUUAUGGUGAACGUGCUCCAUCGUAUGCCACAGUAAAACUAUGGGCGAAACAAUUCAAGUGGGGCAGAGAGUCAUUAGAAGACGAUCCACGUUCUGGUAGACCAAUUGAAGCAACUGCUCCAGAUGUGGUGGAAAAAAUUGAACACCUUGUGCAUGAAAAUCCUCGAAUGAACAAGAAAGUGUUAGCAGCAAUGUUUGACGUGUCAGAGAAAACUUUGAACAAGUCUCAAAAAGAAGAACGAGUUGCUGCAGCACAUGAGUUUCUCGAGUUGUUGGAAUGGAAUGAAGGGGAUACUUUUGAUCGUAUAGUGACUGGCGAUGAAACAUGGAUCUACUACUAUGAUCCAGAGCUCAAAUCACAGACAAUGGAAUGGCACAAACGUGGUGAACCAGCAUCGAAAAUGCCACGCGAACAAAUUGCCACAAACAAAGUAAUGGCCUCUGUGUUCUGGAAUUCCAAAGGCAUAAUAUUGGUUGAAUUCCUCCCAAAGAACACCACAGUCACGGGCUAUUAUUAUGCACAACAGAUGCAUAGAUUGCGCAAAGCCAUCAGAGAAAAACGCCCUAGUCUUCUUUUGCAUGACAAUGCACCAGCUCACAAAUCAUUGCUUGCACAAGCUGCCAUCAGGGAAUGCGGCUUCGAACAACUUCACCAUCCAUCGUAUUCUCCAGAUCUGGCCCCCAGCGACUAUUUCCUGUUUCCAAACACUAAGAGAUAUCUCAAGGGAAAGCAGUACAAGACCGAAGAAGAGAUUUCAACCGAUAUUUUCAACGUAUGGGAGGACAAGAGUGCCGAAUGGUUUGAGGGGGGAAUUAAAGCAUUGAAGCAUCGUUAUGAAAGUGUCAUUCGUGUACAUAGAGACUACUUUGAAUAA